AUGGGCUACAAGCGCUACCCUGCCAACCCCCCUCAGUCCGCCUGGGGCCAAGUUGCACCCCAACCCUACCAACAGCCUUACCCACAGCCUUACCCACAGCCCUAUCCUCAAUACCCUAUAUACAACCAACCGGCCCAACGAUUCCACCCCUCACCACGCGCCUACGAAGUAACAUUCACCAGUUGGUCCGGCCGACACAUGCGAGUCACCGAAGAAACCCACAACGGCCCGCUCGCAUACACGGCAGACCUCCACACCCGCCGACCACACAUGAUCUUCCAAGCCACAGGCACAGCAAACCUGCCGGCAACGGUAACAUUCCACAACUUCCGCAGCAAAAUCGACGUCACCAUAAACGGGGCCGACCUGGCCUUACGCAGCGAAAGCAACUGGAAGCACGCGUACGGCUUUGACUCGCGGGUCAUCCCCGGCAAAAAGCAUCUGCUCUGGAAAUCCAAAGAUCUCUCUAUGGGCAGUGAGUGUACCGACCAGACCGGCGCCGUGUAUGCCAGGUUCAAGGAGCAUAAUGGGUGGAGUGGGAAGAAGGCCGGGCGGUUGGAGAUCUUCCAGCCUGCCGCCGUGGGGGGCAAGGCGCUUGCUGAUGAGCUGGUUGUUACUGGGCUGGCGACUGUUUACCUUAUGAUCCUGCAGGCAUCGGGAGGUUAG